AUGGCUCUAGAAUUUUUAAGGUGGGAACUUAUUGUGUUGGAAGAAAGAGUUCGAAUUCAAGAAAGGCGUAUUGAAAGAAGGAUUUUGAGAGAUGAACAAAAUCCUUUUGAUCUCCCUCUCGAUGAAUUUAUAUUCAUGUUCCGCAUAAGUCCCGAACUAGCAUUUGAUGUAAUAAAUGCUAUUAGGCCUUUAUUGCUUGUUCAACGUACUUCAGGGAUAUCUCCAGAAGUGCAAUUCCUAGUUACUGUUCAUUUCUACGCUCAAAGUUACCAAAGAGGUUUGGGUGGUAACUCUAUCCUCAACAUAAGCCAGCCAUCUGUAAGUCGAUGUAUUAGUAGGGUCACAAAUGCUAUAAACCAACGUCUUUUGAGAAAGUGGGUAAAAUUUCCAAUGACAGCUAUUGAGAGACACAAAGCUAGGGAAAAAUUUGAAGCCGCGCCGCAACCUUUUGAAGGCACUUUAGAAGCAAUUGACUGCACGCAUAUUAAUAUUCUCGCUCCUAAUGUCCAUGAAGAGGCAUACGUUAAUCACCAUGGAAAUCAUUCGCCCAAUGUCCAAGCAAUUGUUGACCCGGAUUUAAAAAUUUUGAAUAUCAAUGCAAGGUAUCCUGGCCGCAACGAUUCGUAUAUAUGGAGUAUGUCUGCCGUACGACGUAGAAUGGAAUUUCAUUAUAACAAUGGUGAACGUCGUACAUGGUUAAUAGGUGAUGCUGGAUACCCAUUAGAACCAUGGCUUACGACUUCAUUACCUCAUUAUCCGGAAGGUACACGCCAAUUUGAAUACACCAAAAAUCUUUGUAAGGCCAGAGAUGUGGUAGAACGAUUUUUUGGUGUCUUUAAAAGUGUUUGGAGGUGUCUUUCGUAUCAAAGAGUACUUACGUAUGCCCCUGAUAAAGCAGGUAGAAUAGUAAAUGCUUGUGCCACACUUCAUAAUAUGCGGAUUCAUUAUAAUUUACAAAUUCCUGAAGAAGAGUUAGCUAUUGAAGUUAUUGAACAAAUUGGUCAAAAUAUAAAUGAUAACCUAGAAUUACCUUACAUUGAUCAGCGAGGUGGUCCCAGAGCAGUGGCUACACGAAUACAAAAACAAAUUCUUGAUCGGUUUAAUCAUUUAAGAGAUGGUGAAGAUAAUUAA